UUGUGCCAAAUCUUUGGAAUGUUGAUGGCGAAGUAACAGUAACUGAACAGAAGCCGGGAGAAGUCACUGAAGAACUCGCAAGCUCCUAUGAAAGGAAGCUCAUUGAGGUGGCAGAGAUGCACGGCGAGCUGAUUGAGUUCAACGAGCGCCUGCACAGGGCCCUGGUGGCCAAGGAAACCCUCGUGUCCCAGAUGAGACAGGAACUCAUUGAUCUCCGGGGACCGGUGCCUGGAGAUUUGAGUCAAACAUCUGAAGACCAGAGUUUGUCGGAUUUUGAAAUUUCAAACCGGGCGCUGAUCAACGUCUGGAUCCCCUCAGUGUUUCUCCGGGGCAAAGCAGCAAAUGCCUUCCACGUGUAUCAGGUCUAUAUCCGAAUAAAAGAUGAUGAGUGGAAUGUCUAUCGGCGGUAUACGGAGUUCAGGAGCUUACACCACACGUUACAAAACAAGUACCCUCAAGUGAGGGCCUACAGCUUCCCACCCAAAAAGGCCAUCGGAAACAAGGAUGCCAAGUUUGUAGAGGAACGAAGAAAGCAGCUCCAGAAUUACCUGCGCAGUGUCAUGAACAAAGUCAUCCAGAUGGUCCCUGAGUUCGCUGCCAACCCCAAGAAAGAGACUCUCAUCCAGCUGAUGCCCUUCUUUGUUGACAUCACCCCUCCUGGAGAACCUCUGAACAAGAACAGCCGACCCAAAGUGGCUUCCCGCUUUCCCAAACUGUCUCGAGGUCACCCCAGAGAGACACGCAACAUGGAACCCCAGAGUGGCGACCUCUGACCUCAGCAGAACCCCAGAUGCAGGCCUUCAUGUUGUGCCAGCUGCCUCCACCUUGGCAGGGGGACCUUCACACCUUGGGGUGACAACCACGUCCCCUC